GAGUCUAUGGUUUCUCCAAGGGCCACGGAGCGCGGGAACCCUGAGACUCGGGUUGAUCAUACGUGGAUGCUCUCUCCACAAGAAACAACGUCCAUGGCGGCGGCAACGAAUCUCCCGCCUCAUGCUUCUCCUCUUACUUCCCGCAAGUUUAGUUGCUCUGGUGCUAAGGGAUGGUUUAGCCGAAACCCUAGCCCUUUUGUAUCAUCCUUCCCAUCUUCUUUCCCCGUUGGCUGUGGUAUUAAGUUCCCAGUGCUUUAGUUUGAGUAGACAAAAGGGAGCGAUCAUGGUUAGAGUGUAGGGAUUAGGACUCGUUUUCCCAAGUUGUGAAUCAUUCAGUUGUUGAUUCAAACGACAUUAAUGGCGACGACGGUGGGAAUGGCGGAGGAAUACGAUGGUCGUUGCAAGGAAGGUUUAAGGCUGUUCUCGCCUGGGUAUUAUGGGGUUUGUGCGAUUGGGGGAAUGCUCAGCGCCGGCGCCACUCACCUGGCUAUCACUCCUCUGGAUGUAUUGAAGGUUAAUAUGCAGGUGAAUCCAGCAAAAUACAAUAGCAUUUUUUCUGGUUUUAGUGUAUUAUUGAAGGAGCAAGGGGUUCUAGGACUUUGGAGAGGUUGGGCUGGGAAAUUAUAUGGAUAUGGUGCACAAGGAGGUUGUAAGUUUGGCCUUUAUGAAUACUUCAAGAAGACGUAUGCUGAUGCGUUUGGACCAAAUGUCGCUGGGAGGCAGAGAACUUGGAUUUAUUUUUUGAGCAGUGCAUCUGCUCAAGUGAUUGCGGAUGUUGCCCUCUGUCCUUUCGAGGCAGUCAAAGUUCGUGUGCAAACUCAACCUAACUAUGCUAAAGGAUUGGUUGAUGGCUUUCCAAAAUUGUAUGCAGCUGAAGGCCUGCCAGGCUUCUACAGGGGUCUUGCUCCACUUUGGGCACGGAAUCUUCCAUUCUCCAUCCUCAUGUUCUCAACGUUUGAGCAUACAGUAGAUCUUUUAUACCAUAAUGUUGUUCAGAGGAAGAAGGAGGAUUGUUCAAGAGUUCAACAGCUUGCUAUCACAUGCACAGCUGGCUACGUAGCUGGUUCUGUUGGUACUGUUGUCUCAAAUCCUGCUGACAACGUUGUUGCAUCUCUCUAUAAUAAAAAGGCUGAGAAUGUUUUUCAGGCGGUUAAGAAUAUUGGGCUUGCCAAUCUCUUCACUAGAAGUCUCCCUAUCCGAGCUGCCAUUGUGGGUCCUGUCAUUACUAUGCAAUGGUUCUUGUAUGACACCAUCAAACUCUUAACUGGAUUGCCUACUAGUGGUGGUGUCGGCAACGUGGUUGAAACCGAGCAUAUCAGCUAGGUUCUUCUUUGUUCUCUUGGUAUUGAAAUUUUUAUGUAUAAAGAUAAGCACGAGAGAGAGAGAGAGAGAUUUCGGAAGAGGGGGAGAGUAGGGGAUGGCUUCGGGGAGUGAAAAUUACAUGAUUUAGGAAAAGCAAAAGCGUCAGCUCGUUAUGUUGUUGUAAGUCUGGGGAAAUUAGUGUUUUGCUACCGCACUUGUAGCAUUACGUUUGUUUCAGCGCAAAUGAUAAUGCCAUAUUUGCUAGCACAAGUGGUGUUGUCAUUGGACAUUGUCGACAAUUGAUGCGCAAGAAGAUGCAUUGGGCCCAAAAUGACUGCGAAUCCAUGCCUUC